GGCUCUGCGUCAUACCAGUGCAGCUGAGACAAGCCCCCCACCCCCUCCACGUCCUCUUUUCUUCCCUCCUUCCUUUUUAUCAUCCAAUUUGCACACUGCUUGAUCCCCCUCUAUUUGUGUCUCAUAUCUGCAUCUGCUCAUCACACUUGCCACCCCCCCACCCCACUUUAUCUAUCUCUAUCUCUUUCUCUCUGCCUGCUGGCUCAGCUCGGUUUCUUGUGCGUUGGCUGACCCAGGCGGACUUUUGCUGGACGAGCGUGGGCGAAAAAGAAAGAAAGAGUAGCCCGAAUGCAAGCAGCGUGAGGGCCGAGAGCUGCCGUUUCCUUCAGAGCCGAGGCCCCAACAUGUGAGAAGAUGUCUGUUGGAGGUUGCGCUUGUCCCGGCUGUUCGUCAAAGUCAUUCAAGCUGUACUCUCCCAAGGAACCCCCCAACGGCGGCAGCUUUCCCCCUUUCCACCCAGGCGCUAUGCUGGACCGAGAUGUGGGGCCUACACCCAUGUACCCCCCAUCAUACAUGGAACCAGGAAUGGGGAGACCCACACCGUAUGGAAAUCAGACGGACUAUCGCAUGUACGAGCUCAACAAAAGGCUACAGAACUGGACAGAGGAUUGCGACAAUUUGUGGUGGGAUGCCUUCACCACGGAGUUCUUUGAGGACGAUGCAAUGCUCACCAUCACUUUCUGCUUGGAAGAUGGACCCAAACGAUACACCAUUGGUAGGACAUUGAUUCCCAGAUAUUUUCGGAGCAUCUUUGAGGGUGGUGCCACUGAGCUCUUCUACAACUUGAAGCAUCCCAAAGAGUCCUUCCACAGUAACUUUGUCUCUCUCGACUGUGACCAGUGCACUAUGGUCACCCAGAACGGCAAGCCCAUGUUCACACAAGUUUGUGUGGAGGGCCGCCUGUACUUGGAGUUCAUGUUUGAUGACAUGAUGAGGAUCAAGACGUGGCACUUCAGCAUCAGACAACACAGAGAGGUCCUCCCCAGGAGCAUCUUGGCCAUGCAUGAUCCCCAAAUGUUGGAUCAACUGGCUAAAAAUAUCACCAGAUGUGGGCUGUCCAACUCCACUCUCAACUACCUCCGUCUAUGUGUGAUAUUGGAGCCCAUGCAAGAGCUGAUGUCAAGACACAAAACGUACAGUUUGAGCCCUCGAGACUGCUUGAAGACUUGCCUCUUCCAAAAGUGGCAGAGGAUGGUAGCACCCCCAGCUGAGCCCGCCAGACAAGCGCCGAACAAACGGCGGAAAAGGAAAGUGUCUGGCGGCAGCAACGUGAGCUCCGGCGGGGGCGGCAACAACAGCAGCAACAGCAAAAAGAAGAGUCCAGCCAACAGCUUCUCCCUCUCCAGCCAGGACGUGAUGAUGGUGGGAGAGCCCACUCUGAUGGGAGGGGAGUUUGGUGACGAGGACGAGCGUCUGAUCACACGUCUGGAGAACACACAGUUCGAUGGGGCGAAUGGCCUGGAGGAUGAGGACAGUUUCAACGGCUCGCCCAUGCUUGGGGCACUCUCGCCCUGGAACAGCAAGCCCCCCUCCAGUCAGGAGAGCAAGAAUGACUCCCAGCCAUCCCAGUAGAGCACUGAUGUCCCAACCGCCCCAUUCUGUUUUUAAAGUCACUGGGAUAAGACAAACUUUUAAUUAAUGGAGGCAGCAUUUUGUGAUUUCCAACGAGGAGAGUGGCAUGAUUUAAACGAAAUGACACUUGGAGUGUCUCUGAGCUGUCUCACGAUGAACACCAUGGCCCUCACUCAUGCUCAGUGGUGCUCAAGCCCAGGCCUCGUCUGCUCAACCUUAGAGGUGCACUCAUCAUCUGCCGUGUCGGUGGGUUCUUGUUCCAACCUCGGGUCUCUCAGGUGUGCUCGACGCCGCACCUCAUUGUAUCUGUUGUGCUCAUGUCAGCGUAAUCCAAUGCUUAGACUUCAUUUAUUAAUUUUUUGUUUGUUUGUGUUGCAGGCUGCAGAAAACUGUGUGCACUCUUUUAGUAUCAAAAUUCACCAUCCGGUUUAUAAAACUCAAAUUAUUUG